AUGCAUCCUGUUGGCGGUGGGGCCCUGUACUGGGGUCUGCGCAACUUUAUUCAGACUGCUCGGCAUCGCUGCGUACGCUACGGGCGGCUGAUGGACAUGAACUGGGACUUUGCGCGUGCGUCUAUGAACGGAACACCUAAAUUUUCAUAUGAUCCGUCGGUAAACGAAUGGAGGCACUCUGUUGACAACGAGCACUGGACUGGAGCAGGAGGAAUGAUAUGGUCCGACAUCUCCAUGAACUUUAUUUGGUGGUCAUUCUGGGCGUUCUGGGUAUAUUUUACGAUUGCGAGGUGGCACGUUAACGGAAAGAUGGACACUUUUUCCAAAUGGAAAAAUACGGAGUAA